AUAUAAAUUUUUUGUGUAAAAGAAAAAAAUAGGAGAAAAAAGAAAAUAUUGAUAGAUUUGUUAAUUAAUGAUAAUAAUCACUUGGAGAUUUAAAUUAAAAACUAUUGACAUAUCUUCAAUUUUCGUGGUUUGUUUAAUCCUAUGAAAUGUGACUUUGUUUAUUAUUUCUUUUUGUGGUGUUAUUGACGAGGAAAGUGUAUUGGUUUUAAAAAAUUAUUUUCUAUAAAAAAAGUUUAUUAAAAUUUUUGCAAUAUCAAAGUUGAGGCAAAGUGUAUACAGUCUUAUCGUUUCUUUAAAAACUCGUUUAUAGUUGCAACGAUGCAAUCGAUGAUUACAUUACAACUCUGAAUACAAGGGAGUUUUUUUUUCUUUUUUUUUUUUUUGUUAACGAGAAAUCUACAAUGGAUACGACAAGAGAAGUGGCGCAUUUCAAUCGAAGUCUGAGACUCAAGGACCACAAAUGCGGGACAAUUUCGAGAAACAGAAAAGAGGUCAUCUUUGGAAAAUCUCGUGCAAAAAUAAAUUUUAUUGACACGUAGUGAAUCCAGUGUGAUAGUGGAAAGAAAAAUAUGCCGGGGAUCGUGGUCUUCCAACGACGAUGGAGCGUCGGAAGCGACGAUCUCGUGGUGCCUGGCGGCUUUUUAUUCAUUCUACAUUUUGUUUGGAUGAUAGCUCUUGGAUUGAUAUUGGGAAUACUUGAGUGGGAUCGUGGCGUUUAUUGCAUCCUUCUUCUCUGGGACUAUAUCCUUGGCUAUUUGACAAUAUUCAUAUUAACGAUGUCUGUUGAGUUUUCUAUUUGUUUGUUGGCGACGAGAGGAAGCAUUUUGGACACCAAUGCAAGAGCUGCAAUGCCCUAUCUUCUUUAUAUACGACUGUUUUUAUUAUUAGUGGAGACAGGAUGGCUGUGCGCUGGUGUAACGUGGUUAGCAUAUUUCUAUCAAUCUUGUCCCGUAGAUCAGACAAAAAAAGAAAUUAUGUUAGCGUUGAUUAUUUCGAACUGGUGUAUUCAAGCGUCAGUUGUGGUGACUGUGUGGUGUACAUAUGAUACUGCAGGCAGGUCCUGGGUGAAAAUGAAGAAAUAUCAACGUAGUUUACGAGAAGCGGAAUCUCGGGGAGAUAGAAUGCACUAUAAACGUAGCGGCAGCAGAAAUAGGAAUUGGCGACAACGAAAAGUCAUUCGUGCCUAUCAAGAUAGUUGGGACAAUAGAUGUAGAAUAUUAUUCUGCUGCAUGGGAAAUUCGGAUAGAAAUAGAAAUUCCUUUGCGGAUAUUGCGAAGCUAUUGAGCGAUUUCUUCAGGGAUUUAGACGUAGUUCCGUCGGACGUCGUGGCGGGUUUAGUGUUAUUACGAAGAUUUCAGAAAAUCGAACGGGAGCUGAUUGUGAAGCAGGGAAAGAACGAUAUCUAUGAGUUCCUAUCAGGAGUGCCAAUCACUCCUCGUACCAAGUUCCUGCAUUUGACCGAGGAUGAAGAUUUAAAAUACUUUCUGCCAGCUGUUCAUUAUAUGCAUUUUGCGCUAGCUGCUUAUGGCUGGCCACUUUUUCUCGUUUCCCAAUCGAGUGGCCUUUGCCAAUUGUGUACAAGAUUAAGAUGCUGCUGCUUCUCAUGCAAAGGAGAGGAAGAUGAAACUAUAGUCGUUGAGGAUAACUGCUGCCAAUGCAAUUACGCUGUACUAAGAAGAUUGGUGGAAAUCGGACAAGUCGAGGUCGUUUAUGCCACUUUCCACGUGGACGUUGGCGAGACUCCAUUUUUCGUUGCGCUUGAUUACAGCAAUAAAAAGGUGGUUGUUAGUAUUCGCGGGACCCUUAGUUUAAAAGACGUGAUGACAGAUUUAAAUGCAGAGGGUGAAGUAUUACCAUUAUCGCCGCCUAGAGAAGACUGGUUAGCUCAUAAAGGGAUGGUUCAAGCCGCUGAGUAUAUACGAAAAAAACUCCACGAGGAGGGAAUAAUUGACAAAGCAUUCGCAAAAGAUCCAGAGAAGGGUACUCAUCAGUUCGGACUCGUUUUAGUCGGACAUUCAUUGGGAGCGGGAACAGCGGCAAUAUUAGCAAUUUUACUUCGACAAGAGUAUCCAGAUUUGGUGUGCUUUUCGUUUGCACCACCUGGUGGAUUGUUGAGUAUGCCUGCUCAACAAUACUCACAGGAAUUCAUUACGUCCGUAGUUGUUGGAAAAGACGUUAUACCAAGGAUAGGAUUGAGACAAAUGGAGAGCCUGAGGGCGGACCUCAUCAACGCUAUCAAGAGAAGCGUGGAUCCCAAGUGGAAAACGAUAUCGUGUUCUGUGAUGUGUUGCGGAUGUGGUUCGAUCCCAACAUCAGCGGCUAAUUUAGAAGCAGGCGGAUGUAUCAGCGAAUAUCAAAGAGAUAAGGAUAUGGCUAGAUCGCAAACAGUAGUCUCUGGUGACUCCAGCGUAGCAUUAACGCUUCAUCGACCUCUUUAUCCACCAGGGAAAAUCAUUCAUGUCGUACGAAGGCAUCCCAACAAAAAUGAGCAAAUAAAUCAAUCACGUUGGAGAAAAGUGUUGAGGAAACACGAACCAGAAUAUAUGGCGCUUUGGGCGGGACCUUGUGACUUUGACGAAGUGCUCAUUAGUCCUGUGAUGAUUCAAGAUCAUAUGCCUGACAAUAUGCUGAAGGCACUUCGUAAGGUUGUAACGAGGACGAGUGCAGCGAAGCCUCAACGUCAAUCCUCGUUGGUGAAUGUUUUGAAUGCCCGAGAAGCCUUAGAUAUUCAGGAAAUUGAGAUUGAACAAGAAAUGAGAGCUUUACUUUCAACAUCGAGUCCUGUCAAGUGUCCACUGACUGCUGGGACACCGCCUCACAAACUAUGUCUGGAAACUAGCUUUACAUCGCUUCAAAGUCCCAACGAAUUCCCUCAAGCCGGUCGGGAGCUCAGUCUCGAUUCCACGGGUCUUCCUUGGGAAUUUAUUAGCUUGGCCAGCGAACUUUUACACACUCCCAGGCCCAACGAGAGCAAACUGUCAAAUCGUCUGGGAGACUGGGAUAAUUUACCUCGAAUGGCUCCUUUGGCGACGCCUGAAACUCUGUCCGAGGCAUCAAGUUAUCCUCCAUCGCCAAUUCCACCCCCGAGACCAAUGAGACGAACUCCAAAAAUUUCCGAUAAUUUAUCAACAGCUGCUGACGAUUUAAAAAAUAAUCUUCAUUUUGCAAUGCUCUCGGCGAAAAAUUAUUUUCUUCGUGAGGAAGUUAUGGGCAGCAAUAGCAGUAGCGGUAACAGUGAGGCAAGCUAUGAGAGUCCAAAAAAUUUAGAAACUGUACUUCCACCUCCUGUGCCAAGAAGAGGCGAUUCUGUGAUAGCGAGGAGGGAACUUCGAGUAUGUACAGCUGCCUGUUAUUGCAGGGAUGAUCUUUCAGAAAAUUCUUCAACCCACACGUCCUCGCAAUCUUCAGGAAAUUCUCAUAUAUCCCAUCGUGUGCAAAUUGAUUUUAUGGAAGGAAAUGAAACCAGCGGCACUAAUGUUGAUUAUUUUGGAACAAAGGAAGUAACAAAAAUGGAAAGCAAUAAUGAAGUCUUCCUGAGUGUGAAAACCUCUUCUGAUUGUAAAAGCUUAAUGGCUCCAGCAACUGAUUUAGGCGCUGAAUGGAAGAGAAAACUUGAUUCUGGAGCUAUUGGCAGUGAUGCAUCACUACCUCUUUUACGUGGUUUAUCACCAACUCCUUCGACGAAUUCACCAUUUUUCAAUGCGAAGAGAAAAAAAUACGUAUAUCCAAUUACUCUAGUUGGACGAGGGGAAAGUAGCGUUUAAAAAAAAAAAAAUUCAAAAAAAAAAACGGGACCAUGGGUUAUCUAAAAAAAAAAUUUCGUUUUUCUUCCCCUUUAAAAAAAUAAAAACGUCUAUUAAAAUAAAAAUUCUAAAAAAUUAACACGUUUUUUAACAUAAAAUUAAAAAUCGAAUACUAAAAUUCAUUCCAUUGGAUAAAAUCAGAAAAAAUGGAACUAAGGUAUAAAUUUUUCAUUAAUUACAAAUCUAGUCAAGAUUCAUUAUUAUGAACAAAAAAAGUAAUAGAAAUAAAAAAGAAAAUUUAAAAAAAAUUCUAUUAUCUGCAAAAAAAGUCCAAAUUCGGUAAUUUAAAAAAUAGUUUAUCAAAAUAAACUAAAAAAAAAAAUUUCUAAAAUAUUGUUUAUCGAAACAUCGAAAUAAGAAACAUAAAAUGUAAAAAGAAAUUUGAAUUUACUUUUUGUCAUAUAAUUAAUUUAUUCGUAAAUAAAUUAAAAUUAAAAUUAAAUUAAUUAAAAUUAAAACUAAUUGUGAUGAUAGAUUUCAUUUGAUAAAGACUGUAAAAUACUUCCAAAUGAAAAUUUUCGUUUAAAAAAAAAAACUUUCUAUUAUUAUUAAUCUUGUAAAUGGUGUCAUUAUAUCAAAUGUAAAAUAAAGGUACAUUUAAGUAGAUCGAAUUUAGUUUAAAAAAAAAAAUGUAAGAAGUGUCCAUGUAAUUUUACAAUAGUAGAAAUUUUACAGUUCCAUUGAAAAAUCUUCUAUAAAAUAAAUUACAUUUUCCAUUGUUCAAAGUUUUUGAUAACUUAUAAAAAAUAUUUUGUAAUUCUAUAUGGUUUUUUUUUUUUUUUUUUUUGACAAUCGAGAGAAAAGAAGGAAAAUUAUUCUAUAAUUAUAAAAAUUGUAUAAAAAAAAAUCUACCACGACAAAAAUAUUUCUGAGUAGAUAAUUUAAUUUUUCAAUUAUAAAACAAUCUAAUAAACGUAUUUGUAUGAUAUUAAAGAAAAAUAGUAAUAAAAAAUUUUUUUCAAUUACUCAGAAAUUUUUCUUCUUGGUAGUAAAAUAGCUAUUUAAUUUUAAGUCUAGUCAAAAUGAUGUAAGGAAAAUAUAUAAAAUAAUAAAAAUUAUAUAAAUGCUAAA